GCAACUCAAGACAGAACAGAUACGAGGGUCAUAGGAGAGAAUCACGGAAACAGAGCAUUCAGUUUCAACACCCUGGGUUACUCUUUCCAACUAGCGCCGUCAUUCUUUUUCUCUCCCCCAAGAAGCAUAGCCGCCUACUUCCUCCACCGUCUUUACCCAAUCACUCAAGCUGUGUCGCCGUCGUCACUCCUUAACCGUUGGUGCCGCUUUUCAUUCACUAAGUAGCCGCCAUUGAUGCAUCACGUCCCCGAAUGCCUUGCAUGCAUGUCACGUUGAUCAUCAUCACUUGCUUGAGACCGUCCACAUCAAAUGAUAUAAAUCGUGUCUCUAUCCUUGUUUUUCCUCGGUUCGUGCCGCUUUUACUCUAAAAAGAAGAAGUGGCCGUGGCGGCGCAAAUAUUCUGUAAAAAAAAAAGUUCUCCAUGGAACGCUCAAAUCCGGAAAGGGAACCGAAUAGCACAGUGAUCAAUGCUAGUGAAGGCAAUGAUGAAUUGAAUGAUGAUGGCGUUGUUAAUCAAGAGAGUUCCUUGGUCGACGAAAUCACCGACGUCAUGGUGACGAGAAAUGAUGAGUUGGAUUUAAGACACGAGUUGCUGGAUCAUAGUGGGCUCGGUGAAGAGGAAAUCCCAGCCAUAGGAAUGAGAUUUGAUUCGCUGCAUUUGGCACAGGAGUUUUAUGCAAGUUAUGCAAAGAAAUUGGGGUUUGUAACUAAAGUCAGGAACACGAACUUUGACAAGAUGCAGAAGGACGCAAAAAUACGCAUUAAUCAAUCUCUUCACUGCACUCGAGAGGGUUAUCGAGAAUCUCGUGUUAAGGCAGCAACUAGGUCAAACAGAAUAACAGCCACGAGAUGCAAAGCAAGAAUGUAUGUCAUGCUGGACAGGGAGAAGGAAUGUUGGGUUGUGUCCAGGGUAGAAUUGAGGCAUUCUCACCCCUGUUCGGCUGAUAAAGCUGUCCACUAUCAUGAGUACCGGGAGCUGACCAUGCAUGCCAAGUGCGUCAUUACGGAUAACAACGAGGCUGGUAUAAGACCCAACAAGACGUAUCUAGCACUUGCAAACGAAGUUGGUGGGUCUUCAAACUUGAGAUUCUUAGAAAAGGAUGUCAGAAAUUACAUUAUAAGAAAUCUCCGAUGCUCCGAUGACAAUGCGGACUUCAAUGGGAUGAUGAAUUAUUUCGUUCGAAUGAAGGAAAUCAAUCCCAACUUCUUUUAUGCCAUAGAUGUUGACGAUGCUAAUAAUUUAGGAGCGCACUCUAGGUAGAUGCAAGGUGCAGGAUUUCGUAUGAAUAUUACGGAGAUGUGGUGUCGUUUGACACCACGUACAGGAGAAACAAGUCUAUAUAAUUAUUGGUGAAUUGCAGGAGCAGUUAUUUGUUAAAUUUGUCAUGUUACCUUACAUUUGCUUUUUAUGUAU